AUGACUGAUCUUUCUGAUAUUGGCCUUUACGGAUUAGCCGUCAUGGGUCAAAACUUUGCUCUCAAUAUGGCGUCCCAUGGUUUUAAAGUAUCUGUAUGUAAUCGUUCACCUGACAAAGUGGAUGCAACAGUUCAACGUGCAAAAGAUGAAGGGAAUUUACCUCUUGUUGGUUAUAAAGAUAUUAAAGACUUUGUAGCUUCCUUAGUACGUCCACGUAAAGUAAUUAUACUUGUGGUAGCUGGUAAACCGGUGGAUUUAACUCUAGCAGCACUUGCUGAAUAUAUGGAACCUGGUGAUAUUCUUGUGGAUGGUGGAAAUGAAUGGUUUCCUAAUAGUAUACGACGUGCAAGUGAAUUAGAAUCAAAAGGGAUUCUAUUUAUUGGAAUGGGUGUAUCAGGUGGUGAAGAAGGUGCACGGAAUGGUCCAUCUCUCAUGCCUGGUGGUCCACAAGAAGCAUUUCAUGCUCUGGAGCCAAUCUUAACGAAAUGUGCUGCACAAAUGGAUGAUGGAGCAUGUACGACGUAUUUAGGUCCAAUUGGGUCAGGGAAUUAUGUGAAAAUGGUUCAUAAUGGGAUUGAAUAUGGUGAUAUGCAAUUAAUUGCAGAAGCUUAUGACAUUUUGAAGAUUGCUGGUGGAUUAACAAAUGAUGAACUAGCAAGUGUCUUUGAUGAAUGGAAUAAGAGUGAACUAGAAUCAUUUUUGAUUGAAAUUACAGCACAAAUCUUUGCGAAGAAAGAUGAUUUGGAAGAUGAGGGAUACGUUCUAGAUAAGAUUCUGGAUAAAACAGGAAUGAAGGGUACGGGUCGCUGGACGGUCCAGGAAGCUGCUGAGCGAUCUAUUGCUGCUCCCACAAUUGCUGCAUCAUUAGAUGCUCGGUACUUGAGUGCUCGGAAAGAUGAACGUGUGUUUGCGUCAAAGAUCCUAUCGGGUCCGUCCGAGAUCCCGGCUGUUGACAAGCAACAGUUGAUUGAUGAUGUGCGUCAGGCUCUAUACGCUUCCAAGAUUUGCUCGUAUGCUCAAGGUUUGAAUCUCAUUCGUGAAGCUGGCGUCCAAAUGGGUUGGAACGUUAAUUUAGGUGAGUGCGCUCGUAUCUGGAAGGGUGGCUGCAUCAUCCGUGCCAAGUUUCUGGACCGUAUCAAAGCGGCCUACUCUAAGGAUGCGUCACUCAUCUCGCUACUAGUGGACCCGGACUUUGCUGCUGAGCUGCAGGCUCGCCAGUACUCGUGGCGUCGCGUCGUGUCGCUUGCCGUGGCUAGCGGCAUCCCCACGCCUUCCUUCUCGGGCUCCCUCAACUACUACGACACGUUCCGUCGUGAACGUCUACCGGCCAACCUGACUCAAGCCCAGCGUGAUUUUUUUGGUGGUCACACUUAUGAGCGCACGGAUCGCGAGGGGCUAUUCCAUUGCGCCUGGUCCGCUGCUCACCACAGCAUUGGCGACGUGCAGGAGCGCAUCCGUGGCAACUUAUAA